GCCAACAGGUGCCCUUCUGCUGCUGGAGUCACUACGCACACACGCACGCUUCACGGAGACACGCACGCACUCGCAAAAUACCAAGGAACGCACGCAAAGAUACUGAAAGAAAAGACAUUGGGAAAAAGGAAAGAAUUAUCUAAAACUCCUUAGAAAAAUUAUUUAUUGUACUAGUGGAGUUAUCGAAAGAACCACUAAUACUUUUACCUUCACUACCUCCACCUCCUCCACCUCCUCCUCCUCCUCCUCCUCCUUCUCCUCUCCCCGAAGUCCCCCUCCACCUCCAGCUAGUCUCCGAGGCCUUAGAAAAGAGACGGAGACACACGCCGUGGUCAUGAGCCUAAGAGGAUGAUUGAAGCCUGAGUUGGUGAUUGUUACGACACAUCGACACGGCGCCACGCUAUUGGCUGACGAGAAUGGUGAUAUCACAUACCAGCGCCCACCUCUUGGCUCUCCUCGUGUGCUGCUCUUUCCUGCCACAACCCUCAGAUGGUGCCAAGCUGUACGGCCACCCACGCCACCUUGAUUAUGAGGCACUCCUAGAUGACCCCCCAACGCCAGAGGCGGCCUAUGAGUGGGGAGUGUCACGCGGCAAGGAGGUGGGGAGCGGCGGCGAGGGGUCAAUGGGGGGCGGGGUGGGCGUGUACCUGCCCCCCCUGAGGCUUAUAGAAGAGGACCGCCCCUUGCCCUUUUCCACUCUGGACCAGCUGCGAGGCCUCCUGCUGUCCGCCCAAACCAGGUCACGCGGGGCAGGACGCGGCGCCUUCCUCCUGCCGCCCCCGCCCCCCCACCACGCAGGGAGAGCAGGGCCAGGCGGAUCAGAGUGGCCGUGGCGGGAGGACGCGAAAACCAAACGACAGAUGGAACAAAUGGAAGAAGCGGAAGAAGAAGAGCAGAAGGAAGAAGAGGAGGAGGAGGAGGAAGAGGAAGAGGAAGAGCGGAGGCAAAUACAGCUGUACAUGGCCUAUAGGCACCCCCCGGCACCCCCAGCGAGUAGGGGAGGAGGGGGCGCGAGUGAGAGGGGGGUGAAGGUGGAACAGAAGAGAUGGUGGGGAGGAAGACGUCAAGGCCAGGUGGACAGACGCGCCUCACAAACCAAACACUACGAUUGCCUCAAAUCCUGCAUCAAGGAGGCAAGCUACACCCGAUUCAAUGCCACACACUCUGCUAGACACAGGGUGACAGGAAGUAGCUGCGCCAAUUAAGGAAGAAGAGGAGAAACGAAG